AUGCCCGCGGCAAAAGAGCAAAACGCAUGGAUCGGCUAUCGGGGCGCCGCUGGUUGCGACCUGCGCAGUGACACCCAGACAACGCCAACGCCGUCGAUGCUGGCUGCCAUUGCCAAUUGCACUCUGCUAGACGAUGUCUUCGAGGAAGAUACUACGACUAUUGACCUGGAAGCUCAUUGCGCCGCCCUCGCCGGCAAGGAGGCUGGCCUCCUGAUGCUAUCAGGCACUAUGGGCAACCAGGUCGCGCUGAGGUCUCUGUUGACCCAGCCUCCCCACGGGGUUCUCUGUGAUCACCGUUCCCAUAUCGUCGUGUACGAGGCUGGAGGCGUGUCCUCCCUCACCGGCGCGAUGCUGGAAUGUGUACGGCCAAGCAACGGCAUCCACCUCACUCUCGAGGACAUCCAGGAGCAGGCCCACAUCGACGACAACGUGCACACCUGCCCGACACGGGUGAUCUCGCUGGAGAACACCCUGAACGGGAUGCUGAUGCCCCUGUCGGAGGUCCAGCGCAUCUCCAAGUGGGCGAGGGAGCACGGCAUCAAGAUGCACCUCGACGGCGCGCGCCUGUGGGAGGUGGCAGCGUCGGGCGCAGGGAGCAUCAAGGACUUCGCCGAGUGCUUUGACACCAUGACGCUGUGCUUCUCCAAGGGGCUGGGCGCGCCGAUCGGGAGCAUCCUCCUCGGGACCAAGAGCACCAUCAAGCAGGCGCGGUGGACGCGCAAGAGCAUCGGCGGCGGGCUCCGGCAGUCCGGCGUGGUGGCGGCGGCCGCGCGCGUGGCGGUGGACGAGACGUUCGGCAGCGACCCGAGCGGCAAGGACGGCCUGCUCCGGAAGUCGCACGAGAUGGCGGCGCAGGUGGCCAAGAUGUGGACGGGGAUGGGCGGGCGGCUCACGUACCCGCCGCACACCAACAUGGUGUGGCUCGACCUCAAGGACGCCGGCUGCAGCGACGCGCGCAUCGCGGAGCUGGGCAGGGAGCGGGGCCUGCGGCUGCUCGGGGGCAGGAUCAUCUGCCACUACCAGAGCUACCAGAACGCCGACGUCGUGGUGCCCCGGCUGGAGGCCAUCUUCAAGACCAUCAUGGCCGAGAAGGGCAAGGGGGUAACGGCUGCUAACGGGGGCAGCGACAAGGCGCUUUACAACUCCGCGCUGUACUGCUACGGCGAUAUCCUGGAUUCUAUCCAAAGGGCCAAGCCAUUCGCCGACUCCAAGACUUUUGUAGACAUGCCAACGAGAGUCCCACUGCAAGAGGUCCAAGCCGCUUAUGACCAGUUGACAAAGCCACUCCAGAACAACAGCGAGCUCCUGGACUUCCUGAGCAACAACUUUGGCCCCGCCGGGCAUGAGGUCAUCCCCGUAGACCCAGAGUCCCUGGCCGUCAACGCGAGUUUCCUCGACGGGAUCGCCAACGCCGUGAACAGGGAGUUCACCGAGGCCGUCAUCGACCUGUGGCCCAACCUGACGCGGUCAGUCAACGAGUCCGCCGUCUGCGCCGAGUGUGAUAACAGCCUGCUUCCCAUCAAGCGGCCCUUCGUCGUCGCGGGGGGCCGCUUCCGGGAGCCCUACUACUGGGACUCGUACUGGAUUCUGCACGGGCUGCUGCGCAGUGGCGGCAACUUCACGGGGAUCGCGAGGAACCAGAUUGAGAAUUUCCUGGAUUUCGUCGAAGACUAUGGCUUUGUGCCAAAUGGUGCUAGGGUGUACUAUCUCAACCGGUCCCAACCGCCGCUGUUGGCGCAGAUGGUCAGGAUUUAUCUCGAGCAGACGGGGGACGCAACCAUUCUUGAUCGUGCGAUUCCCCUGCUGAUCCGGGAGCACGAAUUCUUCACGUCCAACCGGACUGUCCAUGUCACCGUCAGGGACAGGAACCACACGCUGAAUCGAUACAACGUCGCCAACACCGAGCCACGGCCAGAGUCCUACUAUGAGGACUACACACAAGUCAACAAUGCGUCCUACUACGCAACGGAUGGCAGGAUCUUGCCGGCCAGGAACACCACGCAGGCCGAGAAGGACCUGCAGUGCAGGAACCUCGCAUCAGGCGCCGAGUCGGGCUGGGAUUUCAGCGCGCGGUUCAUGAGGGACCCGACCGUCGCCGCCAACGACACCUACUUCCCGCUGGCGUCGUACAACAUCAUCAACAUCAUCCCGGUGGAGCUGAACGCCAUCCUGUACUGGAACGAGGUCACCAUCGCCGCGUUCCUGCGACAGCGGCAGGGGCAGGGACAGGCGCCCGACUCGACCGCCGACGCCCGCGCAGACGUGUGGGACGCCCGCGCCGCGUCACGCAGCGAGGCCAUGCACUCCGUGAUGUGGAACGAGACGCUGGGCGGCUACUUCGACUUCAACCUGACCUCGGGAUCGCAGGACGUAUUCUGGGCGCGGGACGCGGACUCCCUCCCCACCGAGCAGGCCGGGACGGCGCCGGGCCAGCAGGUCGUCUUCAACGUCGGGCAGCUGUCGCCGUUCUGGACGGGCGCCGCGCCGCGGUCCCUCGCCAGGGACCCGGCGGCCGUGAGGAGGGCGUUCGCCCGCGUCGACGAGUACCUCGGCUCGCGGCAGGGCGGCAUCGCGCCGACUAAUUUCGUCUCGGGACAGCAGUGGGACCAGCCCAGCGUGUGGCCGCCGCACAUGCACAUUCUGAUGGAGGCGCUGCUGCGGACGGCGGAGGCCUGGGGCGAUGGUGGUGGGGGCGAGGACUGGGCGUGGGCGCAGGACCUGGCGCUGAGGCUGGGGCAGAGGUAUUUCGACUCGGCGUAUUGUACUUGGCGCGCAACAGGCGGCGGGACCCCGAGCUCGCCCCCGCUGGCCAACCCGCCGCAGGACCUCGGCGGGCUGAUGUUCGAGAAGUACUCGGACCAGUCGCUCAACGAGGCCGGCAGCGGGGGCGAGUACGAGGUGGUCGUGGGCUUUGGCUGGUCCAACGGGGUGCUGAUCUGGGUGGCCGACACAUUCCGCGACAGGCUGCAGACGCCCGCGUGCGAGGAACUCACCGCACGGGGCGAGGCGGGGAAGAUGAAGGAGCAGAGGAUGAGCAAGCAUGGUGGGCACGGUGGUGGGCCAAACGCCAUGAGCGCGGUGGAGCUUGAUCAUUUUGAUGCGACUUGGACGAGUGAGCAUGUUGGGGGUCUUCAUCCGGUGAGGUAG